GCACUCAGUGUCAUCGGAACACCCUCCCAGCAUCAUCCCUUCGAGAUGCAUGCAGCAUCACGCGCGAAAAGCCACCCUUGCAUGAAAUGUAGCGUGGCAGCUCCAGCGGGCCGGGACCUUCAAACGCCUUAAAUCUGCCGCUUGGAAAAGGACGGCCACGUUCUCUUUCUCGCGUACGAUCCUCCUCGAGUUAUACGGGUGCGUAUCCCGCGAGACUGUCGAGCCAGACUGUUGCCGAUGGCGAGCAUAGCUGCCAUUCCGGAUCUACUCCUACAUAUCAUCCUCCAGUCAGAUCUCGAUACGCUCCUGCACCUCCGCCUCACCUCUCGAUCCGUCAAAGACCUUAUAACCGCAUACGAGUCCACUGUUGUACGACGCGUUGCCCGGAACACCUUUCCGCAGAGCACACGCCUUCUCCUAGAAGCAUCGGUAAAAGGGAAAUAUGAUCUGAAGUGGCUGCUGGAUUGCAAGCUUCGGCAAUUGGCCGCGAUAGCUGUCGACAAGCAUCGAUGGGAACACAAGCUGCGAGUCGCGGAUGGUGCGGCAGCUGAGGAUCCAGUAGGAGAGGAGUUGCGAGAGCGCGUGUUCAAGGGAUUUCGAAUACUGCGCCUGUUUUCGAAUGUCGCCAAAGAUGCCGAGUCAGUGCCGUUGGACGAGCUCCCGCAGAUCGCCAUUGCAGCUCAGAACGACCACUCGAAACCCUUCCAUGUCGUACAACGAGCAGUGCCACACUUCAGACGGAAGAGCCUCAUAACUUCGACCGCAUAUUGCAUAUCGAAACGGUGGUCACAGGCUCAGGAGAGCACGCGCCUAGCUUUGCUGUCGUCGGAUAUAAUCCGGGAAUGGAGGAAAGAGUUAUGGAUACUGGAGAUGCGGGAGAACUUUCUAAGACAGAUGUGGCCGGAAUAUGCCUGCUACUUCCAGGACAUGUUCUUCUUUGUCAAGGCUUCGUUCAGUCAUCUUGACAAGCAGGAUAAGCACUUCGACUGGGGUUGUGAGAAAGGAUCUAAACGGCUCGACGACUCGUGGGUUUCUUGGUACAUUCUGCGGGAAGGCCCAAGACUCUUCUGGGAGCAAUGGUGGGCGAAUAGAGACAACCCAGAAGCAUCCCCGAUACUCGAGGAAAUCGAAGAUGCUUGGGAUGGUCGGCCACCUGUCCUAGCCAAGAUGGAGCGCGAGAGCUGUCGACGCUUGUUUGAAACCUUGGACGAGCUGGCACAAGAUGCAUAUCCAUAUAACCCAAUUGCUACAGUGUUUCGGCCUCGGCCGUGGACGUUCUUCACGGAGUAUGGGCUAGCAUUUGAGAGGAGACUUCGAGCUGUUGAGCGCCAUCCAGAGGAGAUUCUCGACCGCGUUGCCUUUCACGUCGAUAUGAAACCCUUUGUGCCACUUUAGCUCGUAAGUUGGAAGAGAGGCUGUAUUGCAUGGACAUAACGGAACUGCACCUGUUUGGUCACGUGGUCAAAUGCAAGAUGAAAAUUAUUCUGUCUAGUAUUAUACCAGAGUUUGUGGAACUUUGCAAGAUACCAACAAUCACAAACAUCAUUCAAAUAAUACACUAAAUGGCAAGAUAUUGGUGGGAAACAGAACGCUAAUCCUAUUUGAUCUAAAGCGUGCCAAGAUGGGGGCCAAAAGGAUGAUCCAUCAAUACCUCAAUGUCAGACACGAAACAUGC